UGGGGAGGUGCUGGAGGCGGAAGCGGCUGCGGUCUGCGCCCGGCGCGCUUCGGCUUCUUUCCGCCCGGCUCCUGCAGAGGCCCGGCAACUUCCAGGGCUGGGAAGCCAACGGAGGUCAAUUCCACACUGAAGCUCAACUUUCAGGAGACGCCCCAGCAAGCCUCUUUCGGGGAGUUCUCCAACUCCUCACUUCCAUGGGCCAGACGGCCCUGGCGGGGGGCAGCAGCAGCACCCCCACCCCACAGGCCCUGUACUCUGACCUCUCCUGUCCCGAGGGCUUGGAAGAGCUGCUGUCUGCACCCCCUCCUGACCUGGGGACCCAACGGCGCCACGGUUGGAACCCCAAAGACUGUUCAGAGAACAUCGAGGUCAAGGAAAGGGGGUUGUACUUUGAGCGGCGGCCCGUGGCCCAGAGCACUGAUGGGGCCCGGGGUAAGAGGGGCUACUCGAGGGGCCUGCACGCCUGGGAGAUCAGCUGGCCCCCAGAGCAGAGGGGCUCGCACGCCGUGGUGGGCGUGGCCACGGCCCUCGCCCCGCUGCAGGCUGACCACUACGCGGCGCUGCUGGGCAGCAACAGCGAGUCGUGGGGCUGGGACAUCGGCCGGGGGAAGCUGUACCAUCAGAGCAAGGGGCCCGGGGCCCCCCAGUAUCCAGCGGGAACUCAGGGUGAGCAGCCGGAGGUGCCAGAGAGGCUGCUGGUGGUUCUGGACAUGGAGGAGGGAACCCUGGGCUACGCUAUUGGGGGCACCUACCUGGGGCCAGCCUUCCGUGGACUGAAGGGCAGGACCCUCUAUCCGGCAGUAAGUGCUGUCUGGGGCCAGUGCCAGGUCCGCAUCCGCUACCUGGGCGAAAGGAGAGCGGAGCCACACUCCCUUCUGCAUCUGAGCCGCCUGUGUGUGCGCCACACCCUGGGGGAUACCCGGCUUGGCCAGGUAUCUGCCCUGCCCUUGCCCCCUGCCAUGAAGCGCUACCUGCUCUACCAGUGAGCCCUGUGAUACUGCAGACUGUGCUGGGGCCUUGCCACCACCCCUGCCCUUGAGGAGGUGGGGAGGCACUGUUGGCCUAGACCAGCUACUGAAAGCCAGUGAGGCUGGGCCCCUACCCCGACCCAAGCUCUGGGGAAAUCAACAGCCCCAGAGCCACUCAGAGGGAGGAAGAGAGCGAGCCAGCAUUCAAGGCUAUGGCAGUCUGCUACGCAAAACAGUUUUUGAAGUAAAAAUACUAAGAGGUGUU